GGAGUGACACGGCAGGAGGGUACCAAGUACAGUUCACUGGGGCGUGCAGAUAGUGAAAUUCUUAAUUCAUAUCAAUACUGAGAGCGUGAAGGUGGUUUCCAUCUAUAGACUUCCCAGACUCUGCAAGUUAACAUCGAGAAGUGCAAUCCUAGACCAUGGCACAGUCUUCGGUUGCCAAAGAAGCUGGAAUUAUCCAGCUACCAUUAUCUGCGACACAAAAAGGAGCCUCAACAAAGCGCACUCCGAAGGUUCCUGCACCAAGACUGAAGCUUAUUAUCCGUCGUCUUCCUCCUGGACUUACACAAGCCGAAUUCGAGACCGGCUUGGGCGAUGAUUGGAAAGUAGGACGAGGCAAGAUCGACUGGUUCCAGUUCAAGUCAGGCAAGAUUUCGAAAGACCCUGCCAAACCGUCUCGUCCUGCUCGGGCCUACGUCCACGUGCUAUCAGAAGAAAUCAUCGCUUCAUUAUCAGAAAAAGUCAGAGCUACCUCGUUCCACGAUGCACGGAAUACCUCAAAUGAUCCCGUCCUUCUUGGACCGCCGUCUGUCGAAUUCGCCCCAUACGCACGAGUGCCCGGAAGUCGUUCGAGGAAAGAUGGAAGACAGGGAACUAUUGACCAGGAUCCCGAGUUUGUUGCGUUCCUCGAAAGUUUGACAAACCCAAUCACGAAACCUGGGCCGGUCGAGGGUGAAACCGAAAAGAAAGAGGAAGAAGAAAUUACCAUCACCCCCUUGGUUCAAUAUAUCAAGGAGAAGAAGGCAAGCAAGGCUAAGGACUCUGCGUCGGGCAAGUCGUCUAAACGCGGCGCCAAAGAGAAGGACACGAAGGUCGAGAAGGCGGAAAGCAAAAAACUCUUGAAGAGACCAGACCGAGAAGCUACGGACUCUACGCCGGCAUCGCCUGAGAAGAAGCCGACGACAACGAAAAUUGAAAAAGCUACAAAAGAAGCCGUAAAAACUGCCACCAAGCAAGCCUCUGCCACCAAAACCAAACAAGCCUCGGCAAAAGAAGGAACACAACCGGCUGAUGGUCCUGUAUCUACAUCUGAACGCAAAAGGGAACGAGGUGAUGUUAGAGCCGCAGCGAUGAUUCUGCAGCGAGAUCUGGGAUUAGCACCAUCCGGUGGUCGACGUCGUGGAAAGGCUGCCGCAACGAAUACAGAAGGUGAUCCUGGUAAGGGGGAAGAGGCAAAAUCGGAAUCGGUUCCAUCUACCCCUACAAUACCGACUGGGCCGAAAGGCUCCAGAGCAAGUUCAAAAGCGGCCAAGAAUACUACGCCGAAAGCCAUUGCUACAAAAGCGAAUACCACCACUACAACACCAGCAACGCCAAUAGAGCCCAGCGCCGCUCCAGCCGUUACGGAUAACGGGACCCCGCCAGCUACGAGUACGCCUAGAGUACCAAAAGCAACAAAACAACAGAAGCCUAAACAGCCCGCCGUAUCGCCAGCAGCCACACAAGCAUUCCUCAAACACGCGAAUCCAUCGCAGGGAGUUACGGAAGAAUUACUCGACACCGCAUUCAGCGCUUUUGGUAAAGUGACCAAGGUGGAAAUAGACAAGAAGAAGGGGUUUGGAUAUGUCGAUUUCGCUCAAGCAGAGAGUCUUCAGAAGGCGAUUGCAGCUAGUCCCGUGACUGUGGCUCAGAGUCAGGUUGUGGUUCUUGAAAGGAAGAAUCCGCCUACACAGCAGCAGGCCAAGGCAGCGGCAGUGGUUAAACCUGUUGGAACUCCGUCGCAAGCGUCAUCUGCAGCACCUUCUCAACAGUCUAGUGGUGGGACUCCAAAGCGGUCACGGGGGCCUCGUAGUCGAGGAGGAAGGGGAAAGAAAGCAGCAGGAGGUGAAGGAGGAAACUCAGGGAAGCCUGAGACAGUGGAAGGAACAAGCGAGACAUGAUUGUAGUGUAGACAAAUAUUUCAUCACGAAUAUGAUACCCAUGCACGUACUUCUCCC